CAGCUUUUUCUACUAAAAUAAUCGACCUCUUAGAUUCUUCCACGAACGAAAAAACGAAUGAUUACCGCAACCCAAGAUACUUUAUGGACGAAUUUUGAAUUGAAAUUUUACUCACGAAUGACAAUUCCUGCGUAAAAAACGAUCAUAAGCGAUUGAUUAAACGAGAAAGAAUACGAAAAUUAUCGAAUUUUUCGAAGAAACUACGAACAGCGUAAUUUUGUCUCGGCUUUAUACCUUCUGGAAAUGCUUAAAUGGAUUCUUAAGAAAUAUUUUCUGCUUUAAGUAAGUUUGCUUGACAGUAAAAAUCGAUCGUACCGUGCAGCAAGUUACGAAAAUAGCAACGAACAUCAAAACAUCGCUAAAAACACCGCAAGAAAAUCAAAUCUAUGAGCCAUCAAUAAGUUCAAAGGCAAAGAAGCCCAAGCGAGAGAUUCGAGUGAUUUAAUUCGGUUAAUCAAGCGGGCUGCUGUGCGGUCGUCGUGCUGUAAUUUUAAUGUUCAUAAAACGCAUCCACUGGCCGAAUAACUUAUAACUCGCUCCAUGUAUAAGCUUUUUGAAACGAUCAAAUAAAUCAGUGAAAUAAAGUCUAUAAUCGUGUUAAUAAAAAUCGCUGAAGAACGAAUACAAUAUAAUAUAACUCCACAUUUAGAUGUAAGUGAUCAUCGCUACGUAAGUUUAUUGAGUUAAGUCACAAGCACAACGCCAUGGCGGAUAAAACGUCGAGUGCGUUAGCAACGUUGUUCAUCCAACUGAUCAGGAUGAUGGGUCACAUAUUGAUGGGGGACACAUCAUUCAAGGUGGACUUGAGACUCCAGUCACCCGUGUACGACUUCAUCGUGGUGGGUGCAGGAUCUGCUGGCAGUGCCGUGGCUGGCAGGCUGUCAGAGGAGGGCAGAUGGACAGUGUUGGUCCUGGAGGCCGGAGGACAGCCGCCACCAGAAGUGUCCGUGCCUGGUCUGUCCGCCUUCCUCUUGCUUGAAGGCCACCAAACAAACUGGCAAUUUCGUACCACCCCACAACGUCACGCGCAGAUGAACUAUCAUAACAGAGCCAAUCCAUACCCUCGCGGCCACGUCAUUGGUGGGUCGUCGGCCAUCAAUUACCUGAUGUGGGUCCGGGGCAACCGCCGGGACUUCGACCGCUGGGCGGCCCUCGGCAACCCGGGCUGGGACUACGACUCUGUCCUGCCAUAUUUCAAGAAGCUUGAGACGUACAGGGGCGAAGUGACCAACCUCACGGCGCCGUACCACGGGUUCUCAGGCCCACAAUCCGUAGAGAAGCGGCGGCACGCCACCCGCCUCACGGAGGCCUACCUCAAGGCGGGACUCGAGCUCGGUUACCCCACCGUAGACCCCAGCGGUCCUUCCCAGAUCGGCUUCUCGUCCCCCGACGUGACGUCCCACGACGGCGUCAGGAUAAGCACUGCGGACGCGUAUCUCAGACACGCGCUGCACACGCGCCCCAACCUGCACGUGUUGGCACACGCGCACGUGAUCAAGAUUUUAUUUAACAAGAAUCGCCGUGCUGUUGGCGUGCGCUUCAUGAGAGAUAACAAGUUCUACAGGAAGUACUUUGAGCCCCUGUAUGGCAAGACUGGGUUCAACAUCGGCCCCAUGCUCGCUGUCCCCAAGAGUCGGGGCUCAGUGACCCUGCGCUCCCGUAACCCCUACGACGCUCCCCUCAUCGACCCCAACUUUCUGAGUCAUCCUGAGGACGCGAGGGUCUUCAUUAAAGGCAUUAGGUUCGCCUUGCAAAUCGGCAACACGACUGCCAUGAGGGCGCUGGGGGCCAAGUUCUACGACAUGCCGCUGCCAGGCUGCACCCACCACGAGUAUGGUUCUGACCCAUACUGGGUCUGCUUUGCCCGCCACAUGGCCUCUACCAACUACCACCCCGUGGGUACCUGCAAGAUGGCACCCGCCUCUGACCCCAUGGGUGUGGUUGACCCCAGACUCAGAGUGCGUGGCGUGUCAGGGCUGCGUGUGGCGGACGCCAGCAUCAUGCCCGUGAUUGUGGCGGGCAACACCAACGCCGCCGCCAUCAUGAUAGGGGAGAAGGCGGCCGACAUCAUCAAGCAGGACUGGCUCAUCACCUCACACAAUUUCCUGAGUGAAACUCCUGAGUCAUAUGCCUCUGAUAACAAAAAUAAUUUACGUUUCUACCGCGUUAGUAUUGGAUAAUAAUUGUUGGUGGAUUUGUCUUUGUUAUGUUAACGAAGUAUAUGAAAAGGCAUGGAUAGUCCUAUCCUUCUAUGAGACAUAAGAUGUUUAUAAUAGUUUAUUCCGGCAUUACCUUCGAGAAUCAUAUCCCAAUUUUAGCUAAUUUGAGUCAAAAAUGUUGAUAAAUUAACCCAUAUCCAAUUUGUAAAAGUAACCGGACUCUAUUUCAACUCAACAAUUACAAAAGUGAAUUGAAUAAACUAAAUUGAAUAUUAAACUUUUACGUCGCCACCAAACCAAAUCAUAUUUACAAAAAUAUCAUACAAAUUGAAGACCAGAAGGACUUCUGAAAGGUGCCAUAGCUCUUUGAAAGAUAGUUGUAAUGACCAACACUAACUGAGGGACAUUCAGAGCCGAUAUCUUGGUGGUGUGUUGUGUAAAUAAUGAUGACGAUGAUUGAAUAUGAUGAAAAUGUCGAUGUUAUGUGGAACCUAAUGCUUAUAUUCAAUGGCGCCGAAAAAUAAUAUUAAAUGGAAACAAACUAUGAUGCAAUGAGACAUUCAACCAUGAUGCUGCAAUAUGAAUUACAAUGUAUUUUUAUGUGGCAUAGGACGAUUUGCACUAUGUGCUCUUAUGUGGCGAAUUUAGUGGUGCACUAUGUACAAAAUGUAGAAUACUAAAAUGAAAUAUGUUGUUUGCUAUAAAGCAAUAUGUGGUUUACCAUAAUGCAACAUGUGGUUUACUAUAAAGCAAUAUGUGGUUUACUGUAAUGCAAUAUGUGGCAUAAUGCCUUGUAGGCCAAACGAUAAACGAUCUACGUGCGCGUGCAGUGUGGAUU